UAAUAAAAUGGAGAAUGAACUGCAAAAAGAAAAUCAGCUACUCUUAGAAUAAAUUAAGUCGUUAUAGGCUUAAUUGAAUAACAGAGAAUCUCAAAGAAAUGAAUAUACUAGAGUAAAUGAUUAAAGCAGCUUUUUCAACACAUUCAAAUAAUCAACACCAAGAGGUAAUAUUAGUAGAGACCAAAGCAAAAGGGAUCUUUAGGAUUUGACUGCUUAAGUGAAGAAACUUAAUGAGUACAAUUUCAAUUUAUUUCCAAAGAGAGAAAGAACAAUUAAGGAAAACAUUAAAACAUCAAAUUGAUGCUUAUGAACAAAAAGUUCUAUAAAAAGAAUUGGAAUUGAGCUAAAAAGAAAAAAUGUAUAGACAAUUAUAGAAUGACUACAAAGAAUUGCAAUAGACUCUUAUAUAAGAAUAAAAUAAGCCAGCUCCUCAGCCAGCAGCGCCAACACCUGUUCCCACAAAACCUAUUGGCGAUCAAAUACAGCAGUAUCGAGUUUAGAAGGUUGGUCUAAUGAAUCUUCCUUGUUUGGUAUAGAGUCAUGAGCAUAUGCAUAGAUCAUUAUUCGAAGGAAUAUAUUCGAAUAAUUCGUGAUAGAGAUUGAAAAUACAAAAGAUAGAGUGAGCAUCCUUGUUUAAGACAUCACAGAUUUGGUGCCUGAUAGAACUAAAGAGGAUCAUUUUUAGUUAACAUACAAAUAAUCAAAUUAAAAGAUAACAGAAGUAUAUUAAUCUUCAGAGUUUAAAUAAAUAUUGAGAGCAAUUAAGUAAUCUGAUUAAGUCUAAUUUUCAUAGAUAUCUUCAUUCUUAAUAAUAACAAACUAGGAAAUAAGAAGCUUAACCAGCAUAAUAAGAAUAACAAAGUGGCUUAAUCAAAAGUUUGAGUUCAUUUUUUAUGAAAAAAUGAC